GAAGACCGGAUGCACAAUAAAUACAUCUCUCUCAUUGUCCCUCCUUUGAAACCGGGGGCCACCUCGCUUUCUCUCUCUUUCUCCGGCGAGUGUCACAGCGGUUUCUCGGGAUCACGUGUGGCGGUACCCGACGCGUUUGAAAACCAGAGAAGGAGGUAAACCUGCGAGGAAAGGGAAAGAAAUGGGAAACUAGGAAGGAAGGAAGGGAGGAUUGUUGGAGAAGAAAGCAUCCGUUGCUGGUGCGGAACGCACGUUACCGGAUUCUUUUCCCUUGCUCGGUGGAUCAAUGCGCUCGAUGACAUGUGCUUCCCCGAGCUGCUGGAUUGGCAGAUCGAUGCAUUUCUUGUCAGGAUCGUCUGGACUGUUUCGGUAGGGAGGGAUUGAUUUGGCUGGGAAAUGGAGGUCUCCGUCAGGUUGUCAAUCGUCCUCCUCUUCUCCACCGUCAUCGUUUUCGUCGCUUCUCCGGUGGCUGUGGUAUCCUUACCGGAUGAUUUACAUCGAGCAUUCCCGAUUGUGGAGCCUGAUCCUGGUCAUACAAAGCUUCGUCUUGCAAAAGAGGGGUUGGAAGCAAUAGAAAGAAUAACAACCCCCAUUGCAGCUGUUGCGGUUAUUGGUCCUUACCGCUCAGGGAAAUCCUUUCUACUAAACCAGCUUCUUUCUCUUUCCUGUUAUGAAGGUUUUGGUGUUGGUCAUAUGCGUGACACAAAAACAAAAGGCAUAUGGGUGUGGGGCACUCCUUUGGAAAUGGUUAUUGAUGGGAAGAAAAUAUCAGUACUGUACCUUGACACAGAAGGAUUUGAAAGUGUUGGUAAAUCAAAUGUUUAUGAUGACCGGAUCUUUGCUCUUGCUACUGUUCUAAGUUCUGUUCUAAUAUACAAUCUACCAGAAACGAUACGCGAGGCCGACAUAUCUCGUUUGUCGUUUGCUGUGGAGCUUGCAGAAGAGUUCUAUGGAAGAGUUAAGGGACAAGAUGUUGCAUUUGAGCCAGCUAAGUUAUUGUGGCUAAUUCAGCGAGAUUUCCUUCAAGGGAAGUCUGUGCAGGAGAUGGUUAAUGAAGCACUUCAGCAAGUUCCCAAUUCCAAUGGUGACCAUAAUAUUGAUCAGGUGAAUCAGAUCCGUAAAUCUUUGGCGAUUAUGGGUGAUAACAGCACCGCGUUUAGCUUACCACAGCCUCAUCUUCAGCGUACAAGGCUUUGUGACUUAAAGGAUAGUGAUCUCGAUCCUUCAUAUGUAGAAAAGCGAGAGCGAUUGAAAAAGCUUGUUGCUUCAAUAGUUCAUCCAAAAAUUGUCCAGGGGAGAGCCUUGAACGGGAAGGAGUUUGUUUCUUUCUUGGAGCAGAUUGUUGAAGCACUAAACAAAGGUGAAAUUCCAUCUACGGGGUCACUAGUGGAGGUUUUCAACAAAGCUAUUCUUGAGCGCUGUUUAAAGCUGUACAGUGAGGGGAUCUCCAAUAUACAGUUGCCACUUCCACAGGACGUGUUGCAGCAUGCACAUGAGGAAGCAAAAGCUGGUGCACUGAAAGCCUUUGAGCAACAGCAUUUUGGGAGACAUCACGCAAAACAAUCUGUGAUGCAAUUGGAAGAUGAAAUUAACAAGGCUUUUAAAAAUGCCAUUCUUGCAAAUGAAUAUCAGUCAUCCAAGCUGUGUGAAGCGCUUUAUAUUAGUUGUGAAGACAAAAUGGACCAGCUUCAAGUCUUGAGGCUCCCUUCAAUGGCUAAAUUUAAUGCUGGUUUUCUCCAGUGCAACAGAAGUUUUCAAGAUGAAUGUGUUGGGCCUUCCAAGGCAAACUAUGAGCAGCGCAUGGCUAAGAUGCUCAUGAAAUCCAGGUCCUUGUUUAUCAAAGAGUAUAACCACAGGCUUUUCAACUGGUUGGUGGCAUUCUCCCUUGUUAUGGUCGUGGUUGGUCGAUUUGUUAUUAAGUUUAUUUUGGUGGAGAUUGCUGCAUGGAUAAUGUUUAUCUUCUUAGAGACAUACACAAGAAUGUUUUGGUCAGCAGAGUCACUGUACUAUAAUCCUGCCUGGCAUCUUAUCGUAGCAACUUGGGAAGCUAUUGUUUACAGUCCCUUUCUGGACUUGGAUAGAUGGUCCAUCCCUGUCUGUGCAAUGCUGCUUUUGUUAUUGCUAUACUGGAAGUGCUAUGGCAGGAGGAAACAUGGCGGCCGAUCCCUGUUGCCUCUUUAUGAUAGUCAUAGGGGUGGGGCAAACCACCGGAGAACCGACUGAGAAAUGUAUCAAUCUAUUGGCAUUGAGCAGGCAAUCUCUUGUUCUUCAACCGCCCCUUUUAUCAGCAGACAACCCAUCGGGCAAAUCUUUCCUUGGGCCAUUUGGCUUUCAUAUGUACAUGUCAAUUGAUUGAUAAAGACCAUAAAAGAAAAAAAGGAGUCGGCAUGCUGAGGCUUCUGAAAGGUGGCCCUCUGCGAGGCUGGUUCUUUUCUGCAAUGUCCAACCCUGGCACUUCAGUUAUUCUAUGAGAUUGCUUGCUCAACUGUAUGUUAUGUUUUUACAUUUAGAUGAUUUAUUGCCAUACGUGAAAAGAAGAGAAAGCAACAGGUUCAUUUGUUCA